AUCACCUUGAUAAGAUUGAAAAAGUGUGGGCAUUUAGAAAUGUGCACGAAAAGCAUAGCGUUGUGAAUAGUAGUUUGGAUUCUGUGAUGGAGAUUGGUGAAGUACUUGUUCGAGCUUCAUCUUCAUCCAUUCCUCUGCAUCACGGAAACCCAGUACCUUCCCAUUUUCAUGUUCAUCUUCCCAAAGCUUCGUCUUUUCCUCUUUCCUCUGAGAACCGCAUCUUCAUUCUUGGCAUAGGAUUCGUGGCCCAGUCCCUUGCACUCAAACUCCAAAAUCAUGGAUGGGUUGUUUCUGGAACUUGCACAAGCCAUGUGAAGAAGAAGAAGCUUGAGGGUAUGGGGUUUCAAGUUUGCCUUUUUGAUGCAAACUAUCCUCAACCGAGUAUGCGAAGUCUGCUGAAAGAUUGCACUCACCUUCUUGUUUCUAUUCCUCCUGUUGCGGGCAUUGGCGACCCAAUGCUUCAGCAUGAAGAACUUCUAAGAAGCUCGUUAGUCGAUGGGAAUCUUCAAUGGCUCUGUUACUUGUCUUCAACUAGCGUCUACGGAGACUGUGGCAGUGAACUAGUGGAUGAGGAUUACCCAACAAACCCGAAAAGUGAGUCGGCUAAAUUAAGGUUAGCUUCUGAAGAAGGUUGGUCGAAUUUGGCUCACCAUCUUGGGUUUUCACCGCAAGUAUUCCGCCUUGGAGGUAUCUAUGGCCCUGGUAGAAGUGCGAUCAAUACAAUACUCAAGCAGGAGCCUUUGUCGGAAGGGCAGAAGAUGAGAAAAUACCGAAAAUAUACGUCGAGAGUUCAUGUUGAUGAUAUUUGUCAGGCGCUUAUGUCUGCUAUUUACACAACUCCCCCAAGGUUAGUCUUGAGUGUAAUCAACUUUCUAAACUAUGCAAAAUUUUGCAAGAUUCUAUGGCAUUUCACUUGCAGGGAAGUUUACAACAUCGUUGACGAUGAUCCUGCUCCAAGAGAAGAAGUAUUUGAAUAUGCAAGAAAAUUGGUGUUGAAAAAGUGGCCAGGCUUGAACUUAGAACAUCUAGAGCUGGAAGAAAGCUCGGGUGCGAAAAUGAGAAAUCAAAGGGGCAAGAAGCGCGUGUCGAAUACUCGAAUGAAGAAGGAACUUGGAGUGCAGCUACUUUACCCUGAUUACAAAUCAGGAUUGCAGAGCAUAAUUGACCAGAUAGAGAACCCUUUUUUCCAAUGUAGUUGAUCAUUGAUCAUACUUAUAAUUUGAGUUAAAUUCUCUGCAAACACUAUUGUAAUUCCUUAAAGUGUUGAAGUUGAGACAUGAAAAUUUGGAUAGUGAAUUACCGAAUUUUUAUCUUGCCAAAAACAGCUGCAACUAAUGUAGUAGUUUUUUCUUUUUCAGUUUAUUUACAGAAAUCAUAGGUGGUUAAAAA